ACUCAAGAGAAGCCGCGCGUCGAUCGAUGGGCGAAGGACCAACGAUGAGCAGCAGCAGCAGCAGCCUGGCCGCCGACGUCGAGUGGAAGGUCGCGCAGUGUCCACGCUCUGGCCGCUCGUACUACUACCACCCGGUCACGCGCGAGACGACAUGGAAGAAGCCGCCGUGCAUCGUCCGGCGCGAGAAGGAGGCAGCGUCCCACUUCUUCCGCACCAUGGAGACCAACAUCAAGAACAAGCUGCGCGCGGGCAUGCUCUCGCCUGAGCCGCGCGCGAGCCGCGAAGACGUUGCCGCCGUGAUUGCAGCCGGCCCGCCGCGUCUCUUCCGGACGCUGUCGGCCAAAGAGGACAUGAACGACACGCCGCCGGUCCAUAGCCGCAAGCCCGCGAAGAACAUGAUGCUCUCGACGGGCCCGCCGCGCCUCUUCCGGACGCUGUCGGCCAAGGAAGAUUUGAACCAAGACGUGCCUGUGUAUGGCUCACUGUCGUCCAAGCUGCCGCCGUCGCCGAUCCCAGAGAACCGCGAGCCGAAGACGCCAAUGCUGCACGAGCGUGCGUCGUUUACCGACGGCAGCGCGUACCGCGACGAAGCGUUUACCGCCGUCGUGCCGCCGCAGCCGCUGCGCAUGCGCUCCAACAGCACCAACUCGAUCUACGUGCGCAUGGGCACGAUGAACCAGCCCGACGUCAAGAGUACGAUGCUCUGCGUGGCCCAUGUGAUCCGCGGGCACAUUCGGGAGGCACACGCGACGCCGCUGCCAUGCGACCCGCGCUUCCACGGGUUCCUCUCGAUCGAGGCGCUGCAGGCGUCGUCGCUCAAGAAGCUGCCGCUGCCGUCGAUCGAGGACAUCGUCGCCUUCAUGCAUCAAGUGCACACAAAGGCGCAGAUGGAGUCGGAGUGCAUCAUCAUGGGCCUCAUUUACGUCGAGCGCCUCUUGCAAGCCACGAUGGGCAAAGGCCUCCAGAUCCACGCCGGCAACUGGCACGCGAUCCUCUUCUCGUCCAUGGUCAUGGCCAGCAAGGUCUGGGACGACCUCAGUAUGUGCAACGCGGAUUUCUCCAAGAUCUGCCACGUCACGUUCCCGCUCCGGCGCAUCAACACGCUCGAGCUCUUGUACUUGUCGGCCGUCGAAUACAACGUGCGCGUCUCGGCCGCGUCGUACGCCAAAUACUACUUCCAUCUGCGCACGAUCUACAAGUCGCUCGCGAUCGGGCAGCUCUCUGCGUUCGACUCGAACACGCCGUUGAACCUCGAGGGCGCGCGCAAAAUGCAAGUCAUCUCGGAAGACUACGAGGAGCGCAUCAAGCUCCUCCCGCCGCCGCUGCGCCGUCGGUCGCGCACGAUUGCGAGCCCAAUGCCCCAUGACAAGAUGAUGCUCGAGGACGAGUACCGGUACUCGGACCUCACGGCGCCGCCCGCGUCCAUUGAGCAGCUCGUCCACAUGGAAGUCAAGAGCGCCGGCGGCUCGUCGCCCAGCUACGGCUUUGGCAAGCGCCACUCGGAGUAGCCAUCGUCCCUUUUUCCUUUUUCUGUCUUCUGUGCCGUCAUUUGCACGGCGUCCUGUCCCGUCAUGUCGCAAGAAUAUCAACCGUGUUGUGUCAAUACAUCAAUGACGUGUCGUCGUCGUCGUCUU